AUGGCCAAGGUGUAUGGACGCUAUCUUGGAUUACUAACAGUAUUGGCAUUGUGCAAAUGGUCCAUGGCCAGCUGGAACACCACCGGUGAGACCGUCAAUCAAACUGAGGCCCCAUGCAGUUACCGUGGCAACAGAGACAAUUGCUCAGCACCCACCUUGGACACUGGACAGUGGAAUGGACACUUCACCAAAUGUCCGCAAGAGCUCCACCACUACUGCAUCCACGGGGAUUGUCGCUAUGUUAAAGAUCAAAAGACACCGUCGUGUAGGUGUGAACAUGGUUACAUCGGUUCGAGAUGUGAGUACUUGGACCUGGACUGGCAGAGAGGGGAUGUGAGGCAGAUGAUCAUCAUCCUUGUCAUCGCUGUGCUCGUGGUCCUCAUUCUUCUCAUCGUGCUCACUUUUGUCUGCUCACAUCGCAGGUUUAAAGUUUGCCGAAAGAAGAGGCGGCGGCAGGAAGAGCCAAGGAACGGGACGGAGAAACUCCAUAUGAUGGAUACCAAUGCACAUUGUGUCACACCAGACUCUGUGGAUCCUCUAAAUAACAAUGACGUAUGA